UAGGUAGAUGCGUUACUCGUCGUGGCUUGUUUAUAAUUUGAAAUAUCGCGAGACGCACUGCAAACUCGGAUGACGUUCUCGAUUUCAAUUUUGAUUUCAAAGUCAUAACGCAGAAUCGGGUUCUAGCGUAAUGCGGACGGUAGGGUAGAAGACCUGAGCUUUGUUAAGUCGAGAACCUUGGCCAGAAAGAGAAAAAAACAGUAAAUAGUGCGACGAUCGACGUAUCGAUCGACAAUCGUUGUACCAAUACUAAGAAUUCUGUUUCUGUUGACUGUAUGUUUGCAACUUUUUUUGCACUUGAUUUUCGGAGCAUUGGAAUCGCGUCGACCAAAAAAAUUCUUCUCGUUUUUAAAACUAUUCUAUUUCAAUGCCUUAUCAUCUCUACUUUUUUGAUAAUGAUAUUGUUGGUUUAAUCACAGACACUACACCAAUCUAAAUAAAAAAUAUUACUUACAUAAUGUUAAUCAUAAAGUCUACUAUUUAAUUAUUGUACAUCAUAAAUCAUAAUAUCUUAUCUAUAGUUUUAUGUUCUAAAUGUGUUGUUCUUUAUUUUACGUUCGUUCUUUCUACUCCCCAAGAUUUUAUUACCUAGGCCAGGUAUUGGAUAGUAUUGUUAUAGUGCUCGUCUACUUUUGAUGUUCAUUUUUUUGUUUUAUGUUAAAAACUGUUGACCACGACUCUGGCACAGAGUCUGACGACGAACACAGUCCUGACAGAGAACCUAAAAGUACAAAACAAGGAGUACCUGAAUCUACUCGAUUAAUGGAGAACAUUGGGAGUGAAGAUAUGGUUGGUGAUAUGGAACCUACAAGGUCUUCAAGCAGUGGUCGCAGUAGUGUUGCCACUCCUGGUCCUUCCCCAUAUUUCUUAGAUUCUGCUUUACCUAGUGACUGUGAUCAACACAGUUCUGAAGAAGAAUUAGAAGUUAUAAAUAGUAAUCCUGAAGCAUUACUGCAAGUUGAAUUACCUACACCUGAUCCAGAUGAAGCAAAUUCUUGCGGUGUUCCUGAAAAUUCUGUAGCGUCAUUAGCUCGUAAACGUUGUCGAUCUGCUAGUGAAGCUGGUUGUGGAAACACAAUAGCUGUAAGCUGGUCAGGUUCAUCUGAUGAUGAAGUACAAGGACUUAUGUCAACCAGACCAACUCCAUUAAAAUUUUGUGCAUCACCUCCAUCUCAUGUGCACAAACCAGGACAGUGUACUGUAUCCUCUUCACCGCCUUUAAAAUUAGUACACUUGUCACCUAGGCAAUCUGUAUCUUUGCCAAACACUUCUCCACGUAAACGUCACAGACAAAGGCAUCAUCCUACUCGUAAUGUGCAGAGGCCUUGUUUAGACUUCGAAAAAAUGCAACAGCUUAAAUCGUUGUCAGCAACUUCGUGGAGGCAUACUAGUAAAGAUCACAGUGGUGAAUUGUCAGUGUACUGUUGGUGAUUCCAUAAGAUAAAACUGUUGUUUAUAUAUUUUUCCUUCUUUUUCAAUUUUUAUUUUUACCUAGAAAGGCUGUAUUAAUAAUGUUUAAAUCGUUAAGUUCGCCAUAACUUACUAUUUUUGGCCAAUUUGUUUGUGUGUUUCGGUCCUGGGCCACGUGUUAAUUUAACAAUACUUUACUACAUAGCAUUUAAAAUGUGGUACGUGGCUCUUUUGGGCGGCCUUAUGCAACAUAAAAUUAAAAUUUUAAAUUUUAAUAAAACUGAGCCAGUUUAUUGAAUUAUUUUA